AUGGCACAAGGAUAUGAUCGUGGAUAUUCGUGKCCCGUUCUAAACUGGAAAGCCGAUGAUUUGCUUAAGGAAUGGGAGAGGUUCUAUCAACACUGCGAGUUCGUAUUUGGAGGCUCGUUGGCAAAGUGCAACGAGAAGGAAAAGAUCUGCAAUUUAAUGAAUUUCGUCGGAGAUAAGGGACGUGAAAUGUACUCCUGCUUCGAUUGGAAGACCGUCAAAGUUGGCUCGAAUGAUGUUAGCGAAAAAGAAAUUCUUGAGAGAGUGGCAGGCAAGUUCAAAGAACAACUUGAAUCGAAACGAAACCCGAUAAUGGCGGCGGUUCUCUUUGACAGACGUCGACAGCAACCUGGUGAGUCGUUCAAUGAUUUCGUUACUGAUCUGAGAGUGUUAGCGAGAGGCUUAGGACUGAGUGACACUGACAAGUUAGUUCGUAAUGCGAUUGCUUGUAAGUCACUUGACGAGAGAGUCAGACAAAGGUGCCUUGAGAAAGGAGCGGAGUUGACACUUGAGAAAUCCAUUGAAUUAGGCAGACAGUGCGAAGCGACCAAAGAAGGCUUAAAAAUUAUUGACGGUGAAGACAGAAAAGUAACGGUCAAMAMAAUUAGCMAUGAGUWCAAAUUCAAUCGUCAAAACAAACACRAGCAAAAUGACAAACCAAAUAAGCACAAAGCAAACAAACACAAAGUCAAUACUAGCCAGAGUGGAAAUUGUCGAAGRUGUGGAUAUGAGAGUCACCAARAAGGUCAGAAAUGUCCAGCCAAAAGUGAAGUUUGUAAAGUGUGCAAGAAGAGAGGUCAUUAUGCAAAAGUUUGCAGAAAUAGCAAAGUCAAUAUGCUAGAAGAGUGUAGUAGCAAUGAGAGCAGUGAUGAAGAUCACUACCCACUUCCAACGAUUGAAGAAGUAGUUGCUGAUUGUCCAGAUGCUAAACUCUUCUCAGUUCUAGACGCAAAGAGUGGCUACCUACAGAUUCCACUAACCUAUGAAUCCAGUAUACUGACCACAAUGAACACACCCCUAGGCCGCUACCGGUGGACCAGACUACCCUUCGGGAUAAAAAGUGCUCCUGAAAUGUUCCAGAGAAUAAUGGAUGAGAUGCUAAGUGGUAUAGAGUACUGUAGAGCAGUCAUGGAUGAUAUCCUAGUUGCAGGCAGAGAUAAAGAGCACCAUGAUCAAGUCCUACGACAAGUACUCGAAAGAGCCCAAAGCUACAAUCUGAAGUUAAACUUUGACAAAGUGAGAAUUCGCAAGACAGAAGUCCCAUAUGUUGGACAUGUGAUAACUGCAGACGGGUUGAAGCCGGACCCCAACAAAGUCAAAGCUGUACUGGACAUGCCACACCCAGACUCAAAGGAGGCAGUUAGAAGAUUUCUUGGUUUCAUCCAAUAUCUGUCCAAKUUCCUACCAAUGUUAGCAGAAGUAGAAGUACCUCUAAGAGAAUUGACAAGAAAUGAUGUACAGUUUCACUGGGACAAACCUCAGGAAGAUGCAUUUCAACAGCUAAAAGAAUUGUGCUGCAAAACCCCCGUGUUGGCCUACUACGAUGUCAACAAGCCCACGACCAUACAAUGUGAUGCCAGCAAUUAUGCCAUAGGAGCAGUCUUACUACAGGAGGGCAGGCCAAUAGCGUACACAUCCAGAAAGCUGAAUGCCUCUGAAAUUAACUAUGUGCCCAUUGAGAAAGAGAUGUUAGCCACCGUGUACAGCACACAGAAAUUCAGAGAGUACAUACUUGGCAAAGAAACCAAAGUCCAGACAGAUCACAAACCACUGGAAACCAUUUACCGCAAGCCUUUAAUAGCAGCACCUCUACGACUACAAACAAUGUUAUUAAAGGUGAAAGGAUAUGAUCUUAAAGUAGAGUACCUACCUGGAAAGAAACAGUUCAUUGCAGAUGCGCUUAGCAGAGCAAGCUCUGAGGAACCAACUGAAGAGGACAUUGACUUCAAAGUGAACAUGAUUGACAGGAUGUCUGUCUCAAAGACUAAGUAUUCAGAGUUCCAACGCAAAACUGCUAAUGAACUUAAUGAACUAUAUGUUGUUAUUCUAAAAGGAUGGCCAAGUCACAAGCAACAAACCUGGUUCAAGCUUUAG